GUUACCUAAUACUGAACGAGACAGUGAGCCACCUGCUGCACAGAAUUGCUCAUUACAACAUAAAUCACAAGCACCCAGAGCAGAUUGGUGAUAUAAAAUUAUUAGUUUCAAUUCUAGUAAUUAUAAUAACCCUGGUAAUAAGUGACUGUAUUUGUGUUGUAGAUCAUUGAGGCCUUCUACAAUGAGACAUGGACUGAUCGAUAUAAUGACAACAUCCCUAAAACAACCAUGACUACCCUGUGGUCUCUGUCUGUGGCCAUCUUCUCUGUGGGUGGCAUUAUUGGAUCCUUCUCCGUCGGGCUGUUUGUUAACCGCUUUGGAAGGAGGAACUCCAUGCUCAUGGCUAAUGUCCUGGCUUUCAUCGCUGCAGCACUGAUGGGCUUCUCUAAGAUGGGGGCAUCCUGGGAGAUGCUCAUUAGUGGACGGUUUGUGGUGGGCCUUUACUCUGGUCUGUCCACUGGUUUUGUGCCCAUGUAUGUGGGUGAAGUGGCCCCCACAGCCCUCAGAGGAGCCCUGGGCACUCUUCACCAGCUGGGCAUCGUUAUUGGCAUCCUCAUGGCUCAGAUCUUUGGUAUGGAAGCAAUCAUGGGAAAUGCCACCAUGUGGCCAUUCCUCCUUGGCUUCACCUUUAUCCCAGCCCUGCUGCAGUGCUGUUUACUGCCC